CCUGAAUUCUAUGUAAAUACUACGCCUAAAGAACGUAUAACACUUACAUAAAACGAUUUAGAAAUUAUAGAAUUGUGAAAUAGGUUCCAUGAUAUAGGACGGAAGUUGUAGUAAAUAUGUUGAACUAUGUAAAAUCACGUCGAAGAAGCCUAAACACAUCUUUCAAGCUUUGUUUGUGUGACAACAAUCGAUGAUUCAAACUUGGUCCUGUGGCAUACUUGAUACUUCCUUUUAGAAGAAUUUUGAUACAAUGGCCACAUCUCAACUAUGCUCUUGUUUUGGACAACUACGGCCAAAAUAUAAACGAAAGGUCGACCAGAUUUUCCCCAGGGAUGCCAGAGAUGGUCUGGUGAAAUCGAACAUGGAUAAAUUAAUUUUUUAUGCGCUUUCUUCUCCUGAGAAGUUGGAUCGAAUUGGGGCGUAUUUGGCCAGGAAAUUGGAAAGCCAUAUUUACUGGAAACGGUAUGAAUUCGUUCUAAUCACAAUGGAAGCUAUGGAGCAACUGUUGUCCGCGUGUCAUGCACCAGAUAUUAACUUAUUUGUAGCUAGUUUCCUUAAAAUGGUGCAAGCGUUGCUGGAAAGUUCUGAGACAGUUCUGCAAAUAAGGGGCUCUGAUUCAUUCGUUAUUUUUGCCAACAUUGAAGAAGACACUCCAUCGUAUCACCGACAAUAUGACUUCUUUGUAUCGAAGUUCAGCGAGAUGUGUUAUCGUGACGGUGCGAGUACAGAAGAAAAUAGCACCAUAAAGAUGGCAGGCUUAAGGGGCCUCCAAGGUAUCUUCCGUAAGACUGUGUCUGAUGAUCUGCAAGUUAAUAUCUGGGAUAAGGUAUUCAUGGGAAAGAUAAUCCCAUCAUUAUUACAUGUUUUGGAGCAUGGUGAUUGGCCGAUAGAUAAUACGCAUGAGGAGUCGUUAGAUUCUGAAGAUGACCCGUGCAGUUUUGCAGAGGCCAUCUUACGUGAGAUUGUGAGCCAAGCUAGCUUUGGUAAUGUUCGUGCCGGAAUCGAGCCUGUGCUUUAUCACUUAGAUGCAGCAGAGUUAUGGAUUCCAAGUGAGUUCGCUGUUCAUUGCUUUAAAAUUAUCUUAUAUUCAGUGCAGAAUCAAUAUUCAUACCUGGUUAUUCAAAUGCUUCUUAACCAUCUCAACAAACAUGUGAACAGCUCACUUGAGAUGAAAACAAAUGUUGUUGAAGUAAUUUCAACAUCAGUGGCUAUCGCUAGUGCAGAGUCGAUGGGAGCUUCUGUCCUAGAAGUCUUUAAUACCCUCUUGCAUCACUUGAGACUGUCUGUAGAUGCUCGUAGUGAAAGCAGCAAAUCCCAAGAAGCAUUUGAACAAGCAAUUAUCAAGACAGUUGGUAUAUUUGCUCAGGUAUUACCAGAUUAUCAGAAAUCAGAAAUCAUGAUGUUCAUCAUGGGAAAGCUACCAUUGAAUUCGAAAAACUUGAUUCGACAGCAUUCAUACCAAAGGAGCCAAUCAUUGGAGGAUGGUGAUUAUGAAAAUGCCCAGAGCGAGGCACUACAAGAAAUGUAUUUACUUUGUCUUUUAAAAAUUGCUGUUAUUUACAACUCUGAGAAACUGUCAACAACAUUUCCUGACACCUUACUUGAUUCCCUUCUGAAAGUGUCCAUCUCCAGAAAUGUCCGUAUCAGUAAACUCGCAUACGAGAUCCUUCAAACUCUUCUUGACCGACAAAAUAAUCUUCCAAAACUUACAAUUGAAGGUCUGAUGAAGACUAUAGAACAGAAUGGUAUUGUUAUUAAGAAAUCCAGCAAAGCAGAUAUUAUGUUUUUCCAAAAGAAAAAGGAUGAAUUGUUUUGGCAUAUUUAUCAAAGUGCAUCCAAUCGUUUUAACACCACAGAGAACAUCUUUGUCAUUUACAAAACACUAAUUUUGCUUGCUGUUGAGAUUAAUGAUAGUGGUAUCUUGGUAGAACUGAUUCGCUUUGUAUUAAGUUUACAGUUAAUCAAUGGAGAGAGCACUUUGACAAAGGCUAAAGCAGCAAUCCAUGCUACAGUUUGUGCUUGUCUGAAUUUUAUUGGGGAAUUAAUGGGCAUCAGCAAGCUUAGGAGAUAUGUUGGCACUUGUAUGAAGAUACGACAGAAUUACAAAUACCUUUUACCUGCCUUCGCAUUCAGCGAAGAGGAAAUAGAUUUCCCCCAAACAGAAUUACCAAGCAGUGUGUUAAUAUCCCUUGAAGACGUCAGCAAAGCUCUUGAAGAGGGAGGAUUUGAAACAAAGAUGCUAUCUUCACCUUAUGUUCCACAGCCUAUAUCAGAAUUGCCCAAUGGCCAACAGGAUGAGAAGUCACACUCACUUCGUUCAGAGACUGGGUCGCUUUCAUCUGCUGAAGGAGUGCAUUUCACUAUUGCAGAGGAAGUAACAUUCGAUACCCUCAAAGAGGUUUUACAAAGGAACGCUAGCCAAUCGGUGGAAGGGAAUUUGGAUUUGUAUAAUGCUACAUUCAACGACAUCGCUGCGAUUGCCGAUGGUCGUGCCCGUGAGUUUAAUGUGAAAAUGGACGAUGUUCUCGAAGUUUCCGACUUGAUUAUUGAGAAGAAUAGAAUCAAAGAAGCCCCUAGUAUUUCAUCUCUGCCUGGAGAGGACAAUUAUGAAAUGAAUUUUUCUGAUAAGUAUGUCUAUUAGAGAAGAAUUACGGACAUACAGUAUUAUAGGUACUGAAUUAGCAGAUUAACAAAAAAUGAGACUGAUAACCGAAACAAUCAACUACAGAAAUACUCUGUGAUUUUAUUAAAUCGAGAGGUUGAAGAAUAAGCCUGAACGUCAAUGAUAACAAUUAUUAGUAUUUCAAUUACUGACGCAAUAAUUAGUAAAAUGCAUGUUUGGAGACUCGAUGGAAGUAUUUUUGACCAGGUGUAUAUUCAGUGGCGAAGCUGAGGGAAUUCGACUAGUCGUGCUCUAAGACCCGCACAGGCUAGGGGGGUCCGGGGGCAUGCACCCCCGGGAGAAUUUUGAUUUUCGAAGUCUGGAAUGGCUAUUUCCUGCGAUUUCAGGGUGAAAUUCAUGCAAAGAAAGCUACAAAAAAGUGUGAUAUAAAGAGGAAAAUUCUUAAUACUUUUUGUUUUUGAAAUUUGUAUUUCCACAAAAUUUAAUUUUAUUUCACUAUAUAUUUAAACUUAUCUGCAAAUGACGCUCAAUAUAGCCAAUAUUGGCAGAAGAAAUAGGAGAAUAUUGUAUGUGUACAUUUUAAUACCCUGCUGAGUGCUGUAAUAUGAUCUUUCAUUUGGAAUUGCGUAAAGGUCAACUGUAAUGUACAGUGUCUACAAGGAC